CAAUAAAUAUAUAUAAUCAAAGUUCAACAAAAAAUGGUUUAGUUAUAUAUUGGAAAAACGUGAAUAUUUCAAUAGGAAUUUUUAGUUCAAUAAGGGGACUUUUGGCAUAAUUUUGUCAUAAUUAGAAUCUUUAGUGUCAUAAUAAAAAUGAAAUUUCUUCAACUCAAUACAGUGUAUUAUUUCUAAUAAAAAUGAAAAUAAGACAUAUAAAGGAAAUAUUAGCUCGCCUGGUUAUUAUUUCGUUAUUUCAAAAUGUAUGCUACGUAAAUGGAGGUGAAUCGUGUAGACGUCAGGAGGGCGGUCACAUCGUGGAGGAAUAUUGCGACUAUGGUUGCUGCGGGUCCGAUAAUGACGAAUCUUGUUGCUCAAUUUCUACGAGCGUGUUACUGGUUGCUUGUAUAGUAGGUGGUCUGGUUCUCCUGGCGCUGGUUACCGCUAUUGUAGUAUGUUGUUAUAAGAGCUACAAGGAUAAGCAGGCAACCAGGGUACGGACAUUGCAACAACAUCAACAAGAUAUGAACGCUCCUCGAGUACCAGGGGUAGAACCUCCAAAACCACCGUCAUAUGUAUCCGCACCACCAGCAUACAGCGAGGAAAUGCCCGAAUCUCACUUCCGUCCAGCAACGGUAACAGGAAAUGUACCAUAUAACCAACGGUUUAGGGGAAUAACCCCUACGGCUCGCGGCAAUGCCCAGGGGGCCAUCAGCAUGACUAUGAAUUCCGGCAGACAUCCUGCCACGCGUUCUUUUCGAAAUGUUCAAAUCCCAGGGACUGUGGAGACCGAGGCGCCUCCUCCGUACACUGAAUUCAUUCGUGGUCAGACCCCGGCACACAGACGCAGACGAUUUAUACGAACACCCGUAGAAGAAGCAACCGAACCUGCAAAUCAGCAUAAUUCUGUUAUAAGGACAGAACAGGAAAAUACUGACAUUCUCUCUGAAAUAGACGAAAAUGAAUCACGUAAUCAAGGCAGUUCCAUUCAGCCGUCACGGGCUGCCACGUCACGUGCCAUAGAAUCGAGAGCUACCGAAUCACGUGCUGUAACAUUUCGUGCUGAUGAAUCACGUUUAGAAACUAUACGGGACGUUGAAUCACGCGCAGAAACAGUAGCACGAGUUCUUCGACCCUCAAGAAUAUCUCGCAUUCCAACACGUGUACAUGGCAUUCAGUCAAGGCAAUUAAGUGACGUGCAAUCAUGUGGUUCUUCUAUUUCAACUCGCCAAACAUAUUACUCUGAAGUCAACCCGAACACGGAUGGAAGAAGAAAUCAAAGUGUAGUUAGGGAAAAUAUUGAUUUGUCUGAUAUAUGAAAGUGCCAAAUAAGAUGUAUAUAUGCCGUCCAUCACGGUCUACAAUACCUUAUUCGUAACUAAAAAUGUUAUGCAUUUCAGCUUUUAUUCAGGAAGUGUCAAAGCUAAGAUAGCAGCACAUGGUUUUAAUUGUUUCAUAGAAUUUCACAGAAAUCACAGAAAGAAAAAAAUAUGUUAUAAAUUUGUCGGGUUGAAAAAAUGAAGAAUGUAAUUUUGCUCGAUUAUACUAUAAUUAUGUUGUCAAAGGACUUUGGUGUCAUUGUAUUUUGGGCAAAUUUUUUAGUAAACAUUUGAGCACAAGGUGUACACAUAUAAAGUAUGUUAACGAAAACAUGGCUAUUUGUUAAAGGUAGCCUUUUUAUUCUCUUUAUUUUUAAUCCAUUAUUUAUUAAUUUUGUUGAAAUAAGUUGCUGGACAACUAAAGGAGUCGCUGGCGACACCAAUAGUUAUUGUUUAUUUUAUGUUGUCGUGUUACUGUGUACUAACUUCAUACAUCCAGGUGGAGGUAUCGUUUGAACUUUCUAAACUUAUUUGGUUUUAAUAAUCAGAAAUAAAAAAAAGUUAAAAA